AUGACUGAAAGGACACGGAGCAAAGAGGAUGUUGACGUCUUCGGGGAAGUGAAUGAAGACUUCCAGGCAGAUGUGGCUCGCUCGAAGAACUCAGGGUUCUGUGGGAUUCUCCUCACGGCUCUGUCUUUUCUUCUCAUUCUCAUGACCUUCCCGGUUUCUGUUUGGUGCUGCUUAAAGAUCGUAAAGGAAUAUGAGAGAGCGGUUAUUUUCCGUCUAGGGCGACUCCUCGGAGGAGCGAAAGGACCCGGUAUAUUCUGGAUUGUUCCAUGUGUGGACACUUUUCGCAAGGUUGAUCUGAGGACGGUGUCUUUCAACAUUCCUCCUCAGGAGUUGAGUAUUUACAAAGCACUUUUCAAAGUGCUGACCAAAGACUCUGUGACCAUCAUGGUCGACGGCGUGGUGUAUUACAGAGUCUUUAACCCUACCAUCUCUAUCACUAAAGUGGAAGACGCUAAUCUGGCUACGCAGAUGCUGGCGCAAACCACUCUAAGGAACAUGUUGGGCACCAAGAGCUUGGCGGACAUUUUGCGAGACCGUGAGGAGAUGGCGGAACAGAUGGAGGAAGUGCUCUACUCUGCGUCCAAGAACUGGGGCAUUAAAGUCGAGCGGGUGGAGCUGAAGGACGUCAAACUGCCCUCGACCUUACAGAGAGCCAUGGCUGCUGAGGCCGAGGCCACCAGAGAGGCUCGCGCCAAGGUGAUAGCUGCUGAGGGGGAGAUGAAGUCCUCGUGCGCGCUGAAGGAGGCGGCGGACGUCAUGUCCGAGUCUCCAGCCGCUCUCCAGCUCCGCUACCUGCAAACGCUGGCUGAGAUCGCCACAGAGAGGAACUCCACCGUGGUCUUCCCGAUUCCCAUGGACCUCAUUACCAGCUUCAUGAGGAAGUGAGCACACACCUGAACAUCUCAACAUCUCCUGAUUGAUUAUUUCAUCCUUUACAGCACUACUGCAGAUGUAAUGUUUUGGCACUAAUAGGAAACGUAUGUAGUUUCUGGAAUAAAAGCUGACGGCAACGAAUGAUGGAUAUUUAAAAGGAUAUUUAAGAAUGCAUAAAAUAGAAAGUUUUUGAACAAUAUUUUUAUACAGACUAAACUAGACUAUGUAUAACAUAUACAAAGCAGACAUGCUGUAGAUAUACCUAUCUAAAAACACUUUUACAGAAUCAAUAACUUAUAGCAGAGAUUUUCAGAUGUUUUAUCAUGAACCGAAUGUUCUACUGUAGAAAAAACAUUUUCAUAAGUUUUAUGUAAAUAGAUUAUUAGAUAUAAAUACGUACUGUAAAUGUACAGUAACAUAUGCUCUACUCUAACAUAUAAAACACAAUUAUUUAUGAAUAGCAAUGAAUAGAUUUCAGGUCAUGAGGACAUGAAGUGCUGAUUAUUGAUCAUUUGAAGUUUAUGUGAUUAAAUGAGGCUUAAUAAACUUAAUUGACUACAUUUCUGUAACCUUAUUGAGCUUCUGUAACAGUCUCUGUGGAGCGGUCUUAGUACUUGUAAUUCGCUCAGCCUCACGCUAUGAGGUGUGAUAAGGAUGAAAACAUGAGAAAAACCUGCCAUGACUCAUGCUGGCGAGUGGCAGUACCAUGGAAAUGUCGACCU